GCAGCCGCCUGGGGAGGACUUCGUUCCAACACCUGCUGGGCCGCGAUCCUGCCUGGGGACAUCCCGCCGUGUGCGCCCUCCCCACGCCACAGCCAGGCAACCCUCGGCCUCAGCGGCGCGCAGGGUGGAGCCCGGCUGGGACCUUGCUGGCCUACAAAGGGAUAGCCGCGGGGCCUCCGACGCUCGGGGCCAGAACCGCCACCCACCUGCCAGCCAGCCGGGGCCCAGGCAGCGGCCGUCCCCUCCCGCCCGGCUCCGCGUAAAACCCGGUGCGGAGGCCGGUCCCCGGCUCCCUAGAGGCGGCGCGGCGCGGUGGACUGGGCAUGCGCAAUGCGCAGGGCCGGCUCCCAGCGCCAAAAGGAAGCGUUCGCGGAGAUCGCAGCGGCUGCGCCGGGGUAUGCGGAACGGGCUCGCGUGGCUGCUGCACCCCGCGCUGCCCAGCACCUUGCGCUCCAUCCUCGGCGCCCGCCCGCCGCCCGCGAAGCGACAGUGUGGUUUCCUAAAAAAGACUUACAGCAAAAUGAAUAAUCCAGCUAUCCAGAGAAUAGAAGACCAAAUUGUCAAGUCUCCUGAGGACAAGCGAGAAUACCGCGGACUGGAGCUGGCCAAUGGUAUCAAAGUGCUUCUCAUCAGCGAUCCCACCACGGACAAGUCGUCAGCGGCCCUCGAUGUGCACAUAGGUUCAUUGUCAGACCCUCCAAAUAUUGCUGGCUUAAGUCACUUUUGUGAACAUAUGUUGUUUUUGGGAACGAAGAAAUAUCCUAAAGAAAAUGAAUACAGCCAGUUUCUCAGUGAGCACGCUGGAAGUUCAAACGCCUUUACUAGUGGGGAGCACACCAACUACUAUUUCGAUGUUUCCCACGAACACUUAGAAGGAGCCCUGGACAGGUUUGCCCAGUUUUUCCUGUGUCCCUUGUUUGAUGCAAGCUGUAAAGACAGAGAGGUCAAUGCAGUCGACUCAGAACAUGAGAAGAACGUGAUGAACGAUGCCUGGAGACUCUUCCAGUUGGAAAAAGCUACUGGGAAUCCCAAACACCCCUUCAGCAAAUUCGGGACAGGAAACAAAUAUACUCUAGAGACUCGCCCCAACCAAGAAGGCAUCGAUGUAAGACAAGAACUCUUGAAGUUCCAUUCUACGUAUUAUUCGUCCAAUCUGAUGGCUAUUUGUGUUUUAGGUCGAGAAUCUUUAGAUGACCUGACUGACCUGGUGGUGAAGUUAUUUUCUGAAGUGGAGAACAAAAAUGUCCCUUUGCCUGAAUUUCCCGAGCACCCUUUCCAAGAAGAACAUCUUAGACAACUUUAUAAAAUAGUGCCUAUUAAGGAUAUUAGGAAUCUUUAUGUAACAUUUCCCAUCCCAGACCUUCAGCAGUACUACAAAUCUAAUCCUGGUCAUUAUCUUGGUCAUCUAAUUGGGCAUGAAGGUCCUGGAAGCCUGUUGUCAGAACUAAAGUCAAAGGGCUGGGUAAAUACCCUGGUUGGUGGACAAAAGGAAGGCGCCCGGGGUUUUAUGUUUUUCAUCAUCAAUGUAGACUUAACUGAAGAAGGGUUGUUACAUGUUGAAGAUAUAAUUUUGCACAUGUUUCAAUACAUUCAGAAGCUACGUGCAGAAGGACCUCAAGAAUGGGUUUUCCAAGAGUGCAAGGACUUGAAUGCUGUUGCUUUUAGGUUUAAAGAUAAAGAGAGACCUCGAGGCUAUACAUCCAAGAUUGCAGGAAAAUUGCAUUAUUAUCCCCUGAAUGGAGUGCUCACAGCUGAAUAUCUGCUGGAAGAGUUUAGACCCGACUUGAUAGACAUGGUUCUUGAUAAGCUCAGACCAGAGAAUGUCCGGGUGGCAAUAGUUUCCAAAUCAUUUGAAGGGAAAACUGACCGCACAGAGCAGUGGUAUGGAACCCAGUACAAGCAAGAAGCCAUCCCAGAGGAAGUGAUUCAGAAGUGGCAAAAUGCUGAACUGAAUGGGAAAUUUAAACUUCCAACAAAGAAUGAGUUUAUCCCUACAAAUUUUGAGAUUUUGUCGUUGGAGAAAGAUGCGACACCGUACCCUGCUCUUAUUAAGGAUACAGCCAUGAGUAAGCUGUGGUUCAAGCAAGAUGAUAAAUUUUUCUUGCCAAAAGCUUGUCUCAACUUUGAGUUUUUCAGCCCUUUUGCUUAUGUGGACCCCUUGCACUGUAACAUGGCCUAUUUGUACCUUGAGCUCCUCAAAGACUCACUCAACGAGUAUGCAUAUGCAGCAGAGCUAGCGGGCCUGAGCUAUGACCUCCAAAAUACCAUCUAUGGGAUGUAUCUCUCAGUGAAAGGUUACAAUGACAAACAGCCAAUUUUGCUAAAGAAGAUUACUGAAAAAAUGGCCACUUUUGAGAUUGAUAAAAAAAGAUUUGAAAUUAUAAAAGAGGCGUAUAUGCGCUCUCUUAACAACUUCCGGGCUGAACAGCCUCACCAGCACGCCAUGUACUACCUCCGCUUGCUGAUGACUGAAGUGGCCUGGACUAAAGAUGAGUUGAAAGAAGCCCUCGACGAUGUUACCCUCCCCCGACUUAAGGCCUUCAUACCUCAGCUCCUGUCACGGCUGCACAUUGAAGCCCUUCUCCAUGGAAACAUAACAAAGCAGGCUGCAUUAGGAAUUAUGCAGAUGGUAGAGGACACCCUUAUUGAGCAUGCCCACACCAAGCCGCUCCUUCCAAGUCAGCUAGUUCGGUACAGAGAAGUCCAGCUCCCUGACAGAGGCUGGUUUGUUUAUCAGCAGAGGAAUGAAGUUCACAAUAACUGUGGCAUUGAGAUCUACUACCAGACAGACAUGCAGAGCACCUCGGAGAACAUGUUCCUGGAGCUUUUCUGUCAGAUUAUCUCUGAACCUUGCUUCAACACCCUGCGCACCAAGGAGCAGCUGGGCUACAUUGUCUUCAGUGGACCUCGCCGAGCCAAUGGCAUCCAGGGCUUACGGUUCAUCAUCCAGUCCGAAAAGCCCCCGCACUACCUGGAAAGCAGAGUAGAAGCCUUCUUACUCACCAUGGAGAAGGUCAUAGAGGACAUGACGGAGGAGGCCUUCCAGAAACACAUUCAAGCAUUGGCCAUCCGUCGACUCGACAAGCCAAAGAAACUCUCUGCGGAGUGUGCUAAAUACUGGGGGGAGAUCAUCUCGCAGCAGUACAAUUAUGACAGAGAUAACAUAGAAGUUGCUUAUUUAAAGACACUUACCAAGGAUGAUAUCAUCAAGUUCUACAAGGAAAUGUUGGCCGUGGAUGCACCAAGGAGACAUAAAGUAUCCGUCCACGUUCUUGCGAGGGAAAUGGAUUCUUGUCCUGUCGUUGGAGAGUUCCCCUCUCAGAAUGACGUAAACUUGUCAGAAGCACCAGCCCUGCCACAACCUGAAGUGGUUCAUAACAUGACAGAGUUCAAGCGUGGCCUGCCACUGUUUCCCCUUGUGAAACCACAUAUUAACUUCAUGGCUGCAAAACUCUGAAGAGAGUGGAUACAUUCCUGUGUCUUCUGAGGCCUGGGAAAGCAAUCUUAACCACUUGAGUAGUUUCUGGCUUGCUAUUAGAGAGACAAACAGAACAGAGUUAUCAGACAUUAUUAUAUAGAAAUGUUAAAAACCCAAAGUAAUAAAAUUAUAAAAUCUUAUAGAUGUAGAAUAUUUUUAAAAUACAUGCCUCUUAAAUAUCCUAAUUUUUUUCUUUUUAGUCCUAAGAGAAAUUCCCCUACAGUAACUAUUUAAUAUGAAGAAGGAUAUCCCAACAGAAUCUUUCUUCUUUAUUCUGUAAAAUAGUCACUUGUCUCAAGAAAACAAUUUUUUUUCUAAAAGGCUUCAAACCAUUUAGAAAUGAUUACUUUUUAAAGAACCGACCCUCAACUCGGCUUUCUAUUUGAUAGUUUCCUAAAUCAACAGAAAACAUUACAUUUGACAAAUAAUGCACAAAACAAUGUCAUGUUCUUUUAUUAGUGAAUUACUGAUUAUCUAAGGCAUGGUUUUAAAGUUUUUAUAAAAUUUGGGUAUGUUUUUUAAUCUUCUUAGUCAAAUGCUGGAAAGCCCUAGAACACCCGAUUUACAGUGCUAGAAACACAGAUUAACCUUACAUCACAAUUAGAAUUUCUCAGGAUUCCUGUGGGGUUUCUCAUUGAAUUCUGUUGGCGUUUCUGGUUUUCGUAGUUGUUUUGCGGUGUUCCAUCAGCGGACAUAUGUGUGCUUCUGUGUAGAGGGUGUGAGACGUGCCGUGCUCACGUCAGCUGUUGUCACUCCCUUGACUCCUGGGGGACAUUGCCAUCAGUGUGUGAACCAAAUCACUGGGAGCAGAUGCAAAACCACAACUGCACUCCUAGGCAGCCAGUCUCCGAAAGACUCUGAACUCCCUGCUGCUUCCAGUCUCAUCUUGCCUUAAGUGAUAUUUUUUUGAAUAUAUGAAUAUAAACAUUCAGAUGAUGACUGGAGUGGGCUUUUAAAAACUAUUUUUUUCACAGGAUACUAUUUUAGGUGAAGAUGUUACUGUAGAUUCAACAGCUGUUUUAAAAUAUUUGCUAUUAUUAAACCUUGCUUCAAGAACAAGCGUGGCUGUUUCCACACACAGGCAAUAGUAGUGGGAAGGGCUCUUGUUUGCCCACCGACUCAGGCAAAGCACAGAGUGGCGUUUCCAAGAAGCAUUUGGCUGCCCCAUACGACCUGGGUUGCCAGGAUUCUCUGCCCUGGAGUCUUGGCUUUUCACGGCUUACGUUUUCAUAUUUGCCGCUUUCCAAAUAACAUGAACUUGGGCGGCUGUGGAGGCCGCUCUCCCCGUGGUGCUGCGACUGACUUUUAUCCCGGUGAGAAACCUGUCCUUGUCUGUCCCAUCAGAAGGUGUGAGUCAUCCUUUCCUUCUCGUCUGAGCAAUUGGCCAAGCAGCCAAGGCUGACUUUGAACUCCUGAUCCUCCUGCCUCCACCUCUCAAGUGCCGGGAUUUGGCGUGCGCCACCCUGCCCAACGAGACUAUGCAGCUUUUCAUCAGACUGCAAAGUGUAUAUGAGACAAAUCUAAAACUAGUCCUGAGUGUUUGACUCCAUCACUGUAAAAGCAAUUAACAGUCUGCUGCCUUUUCUGUGAGCGAUCACAUGCCAUUGAGUAACUUGGCUCCUUUCUAGAAGAUGGGUACAGUUAUAAGCAUGUCUUUUGUGUGAGAAAAGGCACUUGAAGAGACCAGAAAACAGUCCCAUGUUGUCUUCAUGAACCUGCACAUGGUGUUCAUUGUGCUCCCGAGCUCCUGUGUGUCACUUGGCAUCCUGACGGGUUCAUCUCUGUGGGUCCAGGUCAUGGUCCAUGAACAAGAGCAGACUACCCAGACAGAGACUGCCAUGUUCUCAAGCUUCGCAAGUGAGAUUUGUGAAAAAGUUACGAGUUCCCAGAGACUUUAAGAAGUCUUUUUAAUCAGUUGAUGUGUAAAAGCAUGUGGCGCUGCCAGUGUGGCAGGUCCUAGGUUACCCUGUUUACAAUAAAU